GUACAAGGGUUUCUCCACAGUGAGGGGACGUCAUAAGUAAUGCAUUCUUGCUCUCUCUCUCUUUCAUUGAGUUGAUAAGUGCUAGAAGAGCCAACGCAAACGUGUGCAUUUUCAGUUUACACCAUGGAGGAGGACGCGGGACAGUCUAUCCCAUUCAAGUACCCCGCCUCUGACUUCUUGUUGACUGUCGGAGGUAUGCUGCUUUUCCUCCUGGAUGUGGUGCUAGACGUGUGGACGGUGGGGACGUUUUAUCAACAAGAGGCUUACGUGUUCAUGGGACUGCUGGUGUUGCUACUGCUGUGCUCCUCAGCCCUGGUCCAGGCUUUCAGCUGGCUGUGGUACCACUAUGACAAGGACGGGACUGAGACCAGAACAGAGAGCCUUGUGAAGAGCCUUCACUCACUCAAGAUCCUUCAUGUGUUCCAGAUGGGCGUCUACCUCAGAUAUGCUGGUCUGGUGAGGAUCUCGAUAUGUGGCUUCUGCUGUAGAAAGCGUUACAUGGAGGGCAACGGUGUGUAUUUAACCCAUGACCUUAGCCUGCUGCGCCUCAUCGAGACCUUCUCUGAGAGCGCGCCACAGCUCGUCCUCAUGAUUACCAUCAUCAUCCGGAGGGGAGAGGUGGAGCCCAUUACAAUCUUGAAGGCGCUUGGUUCAGUGUCCGCCAUCGCCGUCAGCGUGACCAUGUAUCACCGCUCCCUGCGUUCCUUCCUCCCAGACAAGACCAAGCAGGGCUGGAGCUCCUCAGUGGUCUACUUCAUGUGGAACCUGCUCCUGAUUGGUCCACGUGUGGCAGCAGUCGCCCUCUUCGCCUCGGUCUUCCCCUGCKUCAUCGCUGCCCACUUCCUGUCUUCCUGGAUGAUUCUAUUUUUCGUCGCCUGGCAACUGAAGACAAACUUCAUGGACAGCGGCGGUGGAGAAUGGCUCUACCGGGCCACCGUAGGUCUCAUCUGGUACUUCAGCUGGUUCAACAUAGUGGAGGGGCACACCAAGCAGCGGAGCAUCAUCUACCACACCUGGAUAGGAGUGGAUAUUGGGAUGCUUUGUGGUUUUUGGGUGUGGCAGAUGAUGAAGAACCCUCCAUAUUUUGAACUGCCAUUAGAUCCCUAUGUCAUCUUUGUCAUUAUGAUCUCACUCUACAUAGCUGGGCUCUGUCUCAAGGUGAUAUACUACAAGUUCUGUCACCCAAAGAUUACAAAGCGGGGAGAAGUUGAGUGUCGCCUCGAGCCGAUGUCGCAGUCGGCGGGGCUCUCCCCAUAUGGGUUAGAUGUUGUUGACUCUAGGUUAAUGAUUCAUACAGAGCGUCUGGAACCGUCCGUCAGGGUCAAUAAAAGGAUGAGGAAUUUAGCUGAUAACUUUUACUCUUAAUCCGGAUUAUCAGAUGCCUCCUACACAUUGAGAAGACUGUAUGGGCUUGUUCAACAACCCAGUCAGGCAACUGCCAACUGACUGAUCUACAAAUUACCUUGGAUCAUAAAUAACUACUCAUUAUUUGUAGAUCAGUCACAAUUUAAACACACAAUGAGUAAAAGGUCUGUUUUCGAUCCAUCCUUGUACUUGUUUGAUGAAUUAAGGUCAGUAAUUAGUAAGGAUCUCCCCUCACCUGGUUGUCUAGGUCUUAAUUGAAAGGAAAAACCCACACUCGACCCUCCGUGGAAUGAGUUUUACACCCCUGCCCUACUUAAAUGAACUAUAGCUUGACAAGCUUGAGAAAUGUUGACGCUUUCAUUAAAAUGACUGGAAUGAUUUGUUCUAUGAACGACAAGGAUGGCGAUACUAGACAGUUCUGUUUGGCACAGUGAAUUUCUAAUAGGUAAGGUAAACAUUACAGUAAUGUUUAUAGUGGUCACGAACUUGUCUUAUUAAUGUGAUCUCGUGAGUACAGCUAAUCGGGGUUACUUAUUGACAGUGGUGGAAAAAGUACUAAAUUGUCAUACUUUAGUAAACGUAAAGAUACCUUAAUAGAAAAUGACUCAA